UUACUCCCUCCACUGUCUUUUAUCGACGGCUCCAAAUGAGAUAUGAAUCCCCAAAUAUCAAGAGCAACAAUGAGAAGUAUUUGGAUUUAACUGGUUGCUGUUUCUUGCAGGAGAUUGAAGAUGCUGCUGUUGCUCCUGCUCCUCACGAGCGUCUGCCCUGAUCUGAUCAAGGUUGAAGUUUCUGUUGCAAUGAUCUGAGCAGCAGACCUCCUCCCUCACUGAAGUGUGAAACUUUGUCAGCGAAGCAGUGUGACAGUGUGAGCAGUGUGAGAGUGUCAGUAGAUGAUCAGCAGAGGAAAGUGAAGCUGCUGUGAGCUGAUGUCCUGAAGGGGUUUGAAAGAGUCUCUGAGUUUGACAGGAACAUGAAGAUGUUUGUGGUGUUUGUGAUCCUCCUGCACGUUUCCCAGCAUGCCCUGGCUGUGGUGGUGGAGGUGUAUGAGGAGGCAAAGUCUGUUCUGCUGCCCUGUCAGUACUCUGGUAUUAUUCCUGAGAAAAAUCCCACAGUGAUGUGGACUCGCAGUGAUCUCAGUCCCACAUUUGUCCACCUGCGACGAGAAGAAGGUGAUGAUCUCAAAAAGCAGAACCUCCGCUACAGCGGGCGCACAUCAAUGAGGCCUGAUGCUCUGGAGACUUCAGACUUCAGCCUCACUCUGAGAAAACCAGAACUGAUUGACAGCGGCGUCUACACCUGCUCCAUCAGUGGUGGGAAAGAAGAAACAGGACAGAGAGAUGUGCAGCUAAAGGUCAAAGACCAGCAGGUGGAGAUAAAAGUGGAGGAAGGCUCAGAGUCUGUCAUCCUGCCCUGCCAAACAAGACCUGACAUACCUGGUGACACCUCAGUGGAGUGGACUCGCUCUGAUCGAGAACUCAUGAUGGUCCAUGUGUAUCCAAACAGAAGUGAGAAGCUUAAGACACAGGACGACCUUUACUGUGGUCGCACAAAGAUGAAUGAAGACCUGCUGAGAACUGGAGACCUCAGUCUGACCCUGAAAUACCCCACAGAGAGAGACACAGGAGGAUACAGAUGCACCAUCUACAGGGACAAAGACAUCCUGAGACAGAAAGUAGUGCUGCAGGUCAAAGAACCAUUUCCAUCUUGGGCCAUAGCUUCCAUGGUUCUCUUGGUUCUCCUGGUUCUUCUUGUUUCUGGAGGUCUUUUAUUUCAUUUCCGACAGUAUUUCAUGUCAGUCCCCCAGGUGGUGGAAGUGGUUUCAGGGCAGGAGUCUGUCCAGCUGCCCUGCAAAGCCAAAGUUCACCUGCUUGAAGACACUAAAGUAGAGUGGAUAGACAGUGAUAAUGACAAGGUCCAUGUGUAUCAGAACGGCACUGACCACCCCAAUGAGCAGGACCAGGUUUACAGAGACCGAACGAAGAUGAAAGAAGGUCUGCUGAAAACUGGAGACUUCAGCCUGACCCUGAAAUACCCCACGGAGAGAGACACAAAGACAUACACCUGCACUGUCUACAGCACUAAGGGAAAUGUUCUGAUGAAAAAACAAGUGGUGCUCCAGGUCAAAGUGCCAGAGGUGGAGGUGGAUUCAGGUGUGGAGUCUGUCCAGCUGCCCUGCCAAACCACAGUUCACUCACUGAAAGAAGCCAGAGUGGAGUGGACGGACAAAGAGAACAGGAAGGUCAACGUGUAUAACAACACCUCUGACCUGCUUGCAUUACAGCAUCGUUUUUUCAGAAACCGAACAAAGAUUAAUGAUGGCCUAUUGAAAACUGGAGACCUCAGUCUAACCCUGGAAUACCCCACAGACUGGGACAGAGGAAUCUACACCUGUACUGUCUACAACAGGUAUAGAAAGAUCCGGAUGAAGAAACAAGUGGAGCUGAAAGUCAGAGUCUGUCAGGUGGAGGUGGAGGAGGGGGCGGAGUCUGUCCAGCUGCCCUUUAUAAAUACAGAAAACCUGCCUGAAGAUGCUAAAGUGGAGUGGAGACACUAUGAACCAUUCAGGACCGUUUAUGUGUAUCAAAACGGCUCUGACCAGCCUGACAAACAGGACCAAGUUUAUGUGGACCGAAUACAGAUGAAUAAAGACCUGCUGAAAACUGGAGACCUCAGUCUGACCCUGAAACAGCCCACAGAUGGAGACAGUGGAGAAUACAGAUGUGAAGUGGACAGCACACAGAUC